CGUUGAAACCCUAAAAGCGCAGAACCGAUUAAUGGCGGCGGCGGCGGCUGUCUUCUUCUACUUCUCCUCUCUUCUCGCCUUCCUCGCUCAUGUGGCAGCGCGCAUUCCCGGCGCGUACACUGGCGGGCAGUGGCAGGAUGCUCACGCCACCUUCUACGGUGGCAGCGACGCCUCAGGCACCAUGGGCGGGGCGUGCGGAUACGGGAAUGUGUAUAGCCAAGGGUACGGGGUGGAGAACGCGGCACUGAGUACGGCGCUGUUCAACGAGGGCGAGAGCUGCGGGGCGUGCUUCGAGAUCAAGUGCGCCGACGAUCCGCGGUGGUGCCACAGCGGCAGUCCUUCCAUUUUCAUCACGGCCACUAACUUUUGCCCGCCCAACUACGCGCUCCCUUCCGACGAUGGCGGGUGGUGCAACCCACCGCGCACCCAUUUCGACCUCUCUAUGCCUAUGUUCCUCAAGAUCGCCGAGUACCGUGCCGGCAUAGUCCCUGUAUCCUUCCGCAGAGUGCCUUGCAAGAGGUCGGGCGGCAUCCGGUUCACCAUCAAUGGCUUCAAGUACUUCAACCUCGUGCUGAUCACCAACGUGGCCGGUGCCGGCGAUAUCAUUCGUGCCAGCGUGAAGGGGUCCAGCGCCGGGUGGAUGCCCAUGUCCCGCAACUGGGGCCAGAACUGGCAGUCCAACGCGAUCCUCGUAGGUCAGUCACUCUCCUUCCGCGUCACCGGCAGCGACCACCGUACCUCCACCUCCUGGAACGUCGUCCCCUCUGAUUGGCAGUUCGGCCAGACGUUCGAGGGCAAGAACUUCCGCAUCUGAUCCAUGAAAUCCCGUUCCUCUAAUUAGUAGAAAGAUUAUAGAAAUUAAGUGUGGAAUCGGCGCCAAGGUUUUUGUAUUUGGUGUUUUCGUUUGGUCGGCGGUGAAACGAUCGAUGUUGUUGGAAGUUGCGAAAGGCGAUGAGGUGAGAGGCAGGAACGUCUUGAGUAGCUUUUUGUGUGUCUCCAAUUCUAGGUAGGUAGCAGUGGAGAGAAGCAUGCGGCGGCACAGGCUGAAGUGGCCGCUCGUCGAUGUAAUGGAAAGCGAUGUAGCCCGCAGUUGCUGCAAUUUCAUAUUUUCAAAAAAUUAUAUUUCUUCGUGGUAG